AACGAGAGAAAAACACACACAUGCACACAGACGUGCACGUGUGUGAUAAGUAAAGAUGAAGUUGGAACACUGAGUGAACAUGUCCCAGCUUGAGCUCAAGGCCUCAAGAUACACACAGAGUACACAAAAGGAAUGCGGCAGGAUACCUGGUACCGUCUGUGAAGAGCAGAGGCAUAACAAAGAAUUAUGGAUCCUGGAUCAGGGGGGCAGCAGUGAACCAGAACUCUUGUCCUGAAACUGUCAAGAUCAAAUCAUAAACCACUUUCUUAAAGAGUUAAAGUGAAACAGAUAGCUUAGUGUAUUUUACUACAGGAAGCCUGCUCUAGUUUUUAAAUUUUGCCAAUAUUUGAACAUUUCCAGGGACAAAUGUUAACCAAUAGGUGGCAGCAAUUCUGAAACAAUGUCAACUGCCAUAAAAAAAAAGAACAGGAAAUGAUUGCUGGCAGAGAGGAAGAGACUUGUUAUUAACUAUUACCAUUUUAGGAAAAAUCAGAAGAAUUGCAAAGAACUUGUGAAUGGGAACCGACGUCAUACUCAAACAUUAUGUAACUGUCAGCAAUAAAACACAGUAAUUAAUGUACUGUCUGAGAAUCAACUAGUGAAAGUACAGCCUUGUAGUCAGUUAUUUUGUUCCACUGCAGGUACUGCAUAAUACAGCCACGUCAUAUUUGUAUGAUUUGACUCGGAUAUUUGUCAUUUUCUCCUAUUAAACAUCAGCAAAAUGACAGUCUGAUGUGCAGUUUGCAGAAUAAGCCACAUGGUGGUGCCAGAGUAAUUCAACACGAUGGUUCAUCAGCGUUGGUUGUAAUCAGUUCACGUUUUUGUUUCUGUACAGGUCAAACACGCGUCCAAAAAAGAAAGAGAAAAUAAAACGAAGCGUGUUGUUGUUUACAUUUUUGAAGGUUUUUUAUCCUUUACAUUACUCUAUACCACAAACAUCCAAUUAUACAGAUCUGUAUUUUUCUCAAAUCUACUUUAAGGAGUUCCUUUUUACCCAUAAUGCCUUUGCACUGUUCACAUGACAUUUGCAGAGUUUGUUUUGUAUUUGGUGUGCACUUUAACGCAAUUCAAGAACCUGAAUGUGUCUUCUCUUGUCUUUGUAAUUAUCAUAUUUAAAAAAAAUAGUAACGCACAAAAACUUUAAAAAGCAGGAAGCAUCAUGAAAUGUUCAACGUCUAGCAGUGAAAGUAGCAGUGACAGGACAAUAGUGACCAAUGAUAAGAUGUCUAGAGGACAUGCAGGACUCUUCUCUGUGGUUCCUCCUUUUGUGUAUCCCCGCCACGCCUCCAGGGGUCGCCUUGGCAACAGGUUUUACUGCCCGCAGCCAUGAAAGUACAGCUUUGGCUCCAGUAAUGAGAGCAAAGCAGUUCACUGGAUGGAACAGUAGACACUUCUGCAGUGACUGAAAAAAGGAAGGGUAAAAAAAGUUGGCUUUUUUUCUUCGUUUUAUCAACUGAGAGGACAAUAAAAAGAAAACAAAGAGAAGUUUUUUCCCUUUUCUUUGUUGCUUUGGUUUUGGCUAUGCACAGAUUCGUUUUCCCAAGAUGUUGACUGAAAAGGACUGAAAGAAUUCGGGAAAAGGCAGCACUGGAAGUGAAAGGAUGCAUUGUCCAAUCAAAGAAGAGGAGAUGGAAACAAGGCGGAGGAGAGGAAAUACAGAGCAUUGCCGAGUUUUAGGAGUGUUGGAGGAGAUGAAGGUUUUUUAUUCUGACACCAUGACAGGAUGGAGGGGAGCCAUCACUGAGUGGGAAGCCACCAUCGAUGAGUGUCCACCAGGGGGCAGAAAUCAGCAACUGCAAUCAACAACAGACAUUGAUGUUUCUCCAAACUCCAUCAGCGACACCUUCCAGUGUUUGGCUGAUGACAUGCAGAAAAUCAUCAACAAAGUGAGCACAAUCAUAACCAAACUGGAGCCAGAGAUUCUGCCAGCACCUGUAGAAGUCACUUCAAGUCUGGAUGAAACCUGUAAGGAGACCACGGAGCCUGUAUCACACGAAUCUGUGUCCUGUGUGCCUCAACAGGAGGCUGAAGUUGAACCUGAACAAUGCUGUGAAGGCCUGUCAGCAGACAGCCAACAAACUACAGACUCUACCGUCUGCAGCUCAGACUCCAGUGCUGCAAACAAGACAGAAAGUCAAACAGGGAUCCAAGGUCAGGGGACUGACAAUGAGGACUGUGUUUCUACUGUGUGUCAAAAGGAUUUACUACAGAAUGCAGGAAGACAUGCAGAGAGGGCAGAGGUCAAGGUCAAAGAAGAGACAAGGAGAGAAUGGAUCACAGUGGGGCUGACUGGUGAAAUGGAGGACGGCCAAUCAAACGUUCCGGAUGCCUGCUUCAUCCAGGCUCCAGCUGGUGCAGCUGAGGUCCUGAGGUGUGAAAUGGCAGAAGCCUUCAGCAGCUUCAUGGUGGCCGGCUCAGAGGAGCUGGUCAGCAGGGUGAUCAGGAUUAAGGUCCAAGGUCAGGCCAAGUUCCCCUUCCCUGUGACUGUGAGCAUGCCUUUCUGCACCCGAUACCAUGGCGUCUACAGGGAUGUUGUUGUGAAGAUUGUAGAUGGAGAGCAGAGGGUGAGCUACAUCACUCCUGUAACAACAGAGGGAGUGUGUGGUCAGAAGGGCUCAUUUGCAGAGGUGAAGGUCUACUCCCUGGGUCUCUUUGCAGUGGUGUCCUGUCUGAAACGAGAACACUACACAGUUCCCAGAAGGGGUUUGUCACUCAAGCUGCCAAUGGACGCUCGUGUGUGUCUCAACUACCUCCCAGGAUCGUUUACUUAUCCAGUGAUGGCACAAACCAUGAUCCAGCCUUUAGACACUGUCCUCCUGGCAAACGUCAGGGCCAGAAGUGACAUCUAUUACUCAGUGGUGUCUACCAGUUCACUGCUCUACCUCAGCCAUCCAAACUCACAGCUUCUGAGGAGGCCACUCACCAUCACCUUACCCUGUCCCCCAAACCCUGAAAAGAGAUGGAGGAUCAGAGGACAGGGGAAAGGAAGACACAAUCAACAAAUCAGUCCUCUCGCUCUGACAUGGGAUCAACCUGCUUCUCCUUACCCUAGAGUGAGAAAACUGGAAGCCUCUCUGAUAUCCCCGGAGGAACUGUCGGAUGAGCUGGUCGUUCUGUGUUCUCGGGACAGACAGUGGAACGUUCUGGAGAAGGUGACAGUCAGAAACCAGCAGAACGGAUUGGUGUCGUUUGAGGUGAUGGAGAACUUCGACAGACUCCUGGUGGUUCGUCUCUCCUCCCCACUGCAGCCCUGUCACCUCACCUCCUUGGCGGAGGAGCUGGAGGAGUCGGUGGGCUGUCACUCCGUCGCCGUGGUCCUCCAGCGUCCACAAAAUGAUCCAUACACCGUCCUAUUGGCUGCGCUGCCGAGCAGGGACCUGAGCUGGGAGCUGAGCAGACUGAGGUGUGGGAGUAACGGUGGUCUUCUGGAGACCUCGUCUCAGAUCUCCAUGUGUGAAGGAGAUCAGCUCCUCCUGUGCUUCAGUGGCAACAUCACCUCCACCAGAACCCUUGAAAACCAAAAUGGUGCCCCGCAGGAGCGAAUCACCUUUCACGCUCAACGCACCAAUCAGUUGUCUGUGCGUCUGACUGAAGUGGACACAUUUGGAAACUACAGCUCAGCACACUAUAAAGGGACAGUGCAGUUUUAUAAGGUGAGCAGAGGUCAGGUGGAGUGGAGAGGAGACACAGCUGGGCUGAAGGAUAGAAGGAUGCUGCAGGAUGCUGUGUGUUCACUGCCUCUGACUUUACCCAAGAAAGUGAGGACCAUUAAUCGACCGAUCACAGCCAAGGUGAAGUUAUGUGAGGAGACAGACUCCCUGUCGGACUCUCUUCUUCUCUGGUUGGCUGGGAAACUGUCAGAGGAGGAAGUAGCCUCGUUGGUUCUGUCCCUGCGUCUCCGCCGUAGUACCACUCAGCUUGUAAGGCGACGGUCAGGGCCCAGUGUGUCCACCCAGGCCUUUAACGUCCUGACCAUGUGGAGGAGAGGUCAACCGGCCGCUGCACACCAACACAAGGCCUCACAGCUGGCCCAGUGUUUGUCAAAGAGCGGGAGAGCGGAUCUGGGCCGGGAGCUGCUGCUGAGACAGAAUGCAGCCAUGAGACAGGGAUCACCGACCUGAAGACAUACAGUGUAUAAUUACUGAUUAUUUCCUUUUUAAUCGGACCUACAGUACCCAAUAUUAGCCACCAGAGAGCAGCAUUGGACUGUAAGGAAUUAUACACCGGCUACAAAAGAGACACUGGUGAAGCCUAAUAUUGUUAGUACGUAUGUGAAAGA